AUGUCCUUUUAUGAGGAGGAGCGGGAGUUGCGUUGCGUUUUGAGUUGGUUCAGCAACUGGGAAACGCCCCAAAAGGAGCAGUUUUUAGCUGUUUUGGUAGAGAAGGCUGUUCCUCCAGAUAUUGACCAGCUGUUUCAGGGCCUAGACCGGCUAAACCUGAACAGCAGUUUCCAGUCAGUCCUGCAGUGCCAACUGCGACUGUUUUCUCAGUGGUUCGACGCAUGGCCUUGCAAGUAUCGCAACCUGUUGCUCGUUAGCCUAGAACUACAGGACCCGAGCUUUGUUGAGAAGUUCCACUAUCUCGUCAAUGAGAAGAACGCCGCAGCAAGUGGACAGAACUGA